AUGACGGCUAGUAGACUACAGCGCUGGGCAUUAAUUGUAUCUUCAUAUAAUUUUAAGAUUGAAUUUAUAAGUACCGAGCGUAAUACGGCCGACGCGUUAUCUCGUAUGAUAAAAACUUAUAAAGAAACUGGUUCUUGCGAACAAAGCGACGAACCGGAGCAAACGUAUUUGCAUUUCGCGACGGAAGCGUUACUCUUAGACUAUAACAUACUAAAAAAAGAAACUGUACAUGAUCCUAUUUUAAGCAGAGUUAUUAGUUAUAUAAGAGACGGCUGGCCAGGAGAAUUGGAUAUUAAAGAAUUAAAACCUUAUUAUAACAGAAAAAACGAACUAUAUACGGAACUUGAUUGCGUGAUGUGGGGCCAUCGUGUUGUGAUCCCGAGCGUCUGUAGGUCUAAAGUUUUAAAAGAGUUGCACGAUUCACACAUGGGCAUGGUUAAAACAAAAGGGUUAGCGCGCAGUUACGUAUGGUGGCAGGGAAUAGAUGAAGAUAUAGAGAAGUUAUGUCGGUCGUAUCAGGUGUGCUUAGAGGUGGCGGACGCGCCUCCUGCCCAUGCGAUUCGCUCGUGGCCUUGGCCAGAUCGUCCUUGGUCCCGUUUACACAUAGAUUUUUUCGGCCCAAUCGCAUCAAACACGUACUUAGUCCUAAUUGACGCGUGCACUAAAUGGAUGGAGGUAAUAAAAAUGUCUUCUACCAACACUAAAGCGGUGAUAAAAGCGCUAAGAGAAAUAUGGUCUCGGUUCGGUUUACCAAAACAAUUAGUUUCGGAUAACGGUCCACCUUUCACAAGUUUAGAAUUUAAACAGUUUUUGGAGAACAAUGCAAUACAACACACGUUUUCUGCUCCAUAUCAUCCUUCGUCCAACGGAGCGGCCGAAAAUGCAGUUAAAACCUGUAAAAAAGUUGUAAAGAAAGCCCUUUCUCAGAAUUUAGACGUAGACACGGCUCUCCUUAGAUUUCUAUUAGUUUACAGAAAUACCGAACAUUGCACUACAGGAGAAAGUCCGGCAAAAUUAUUACAAGGCCGUUCGUUGCGGAUGCGACUCGAUUGUUUAAAACCGGAGCGCGCAGAUCGCGUUAAUGCAGCGCAAAGACGCCAUCAGUUGGCAGCAGGCGGGUCACAGCGGUGUUUUAACGAGGGGUAUGAGAUUUUAUACUGUAACUACGGCACGGGUAAGAAAUGGUUGGACGGAAAAGUUCAGUUGCGGCUAGGUAGCACUGACUAUGAAAUUUUGGGCAUCGAUGGAAGUUCACAUCACCGACACGCAGACCAGCUAAGACACAGGUUUAAUUUUCCUUUGCAAAACACGAUCACGAUUAAAGAGUCAUCCAGGCGUAAUUUAAUAAAUCCGUUUCUAAUCAAAGUAACUAGUAAUACUAAUAACCCAGGGGAAGGUCCGGCGGCGUUGGCCGGCACGAUGGCAGGUGCGGCGGGAGCACAACGUGGCAUGGCAUCGCCUGAUAUUAAUAAUGCUAUACAACCACAAUGUUUUGAGCCCGAAUUAAACCGCCGUUACCCUGUAAGAAACAGACAUCCGCCAGUACGGUUUCCUUCAUUAACAUAG